CUCACGCACACGCAGGACCAGAGCACCAGGAUCAUACACACAGGAAAAACACGCGACUGUGACUGGAGUGUAAAGGAUGAAGGAUGCGUUUGCUGGAAAAGGUCACAUGAAUUGCAUGAAGAACAGUGCGAGGAAAUCUUAACGUAACUGCCAAGGAUUAUACCAAGGCUCUUUUUGUGGGGAAGGGAAUACCAGGAAUGGGGCAUUCGAUAUUUCACCAAAGCAGGAGAGAAGAUCUGACAAGAAUACUGGUCAGUGCAUGAGGAUCACCUGGAGGGAACGGAGCGUGUAUAUGUGUUUUUUCUUCAAUGACAGGAGUAAUCAGGCUGUCUUUGAGGGUCUGAAGGCAGGGGGAACGUCCUGGAGAAGAUUGUAGUGUACGUUGGCAUCUAGCAGCAGCGGCGGUGACCAUUUUAUUGGACCAUGUGGUCUACAGUGCACAAAAACCGUCUCCUUUUGCACCAUGAGGACUGCUGUGGUGGCAAGGCUUGUGCCAGUAGCAACAUCUCUCUGUGGAUCUGGAUCUUUUGUUGGUCUAUGAUGCUCAUUCGAGGACAAGGCUACUACCCCACCGUGAAUACACAGUACGGGAAAUUACGGGGCGUGCGGGUUCCGUUGCCCAGCGAGAUCCUGGGACCAGUGGACCAAUAUCUGGGCGUGCCAUACGCUGCCCCGCCCAUAGGGGAGAAACGUUUCCUACCACCCGAGCCACCAUCCUCUUGGUCAGGGAUCAAGAACGGCACUCACUUCGCUCCGGUGUGCCCACAAAACAUUCACAAUGCUGUUCCGGAAAUCAUGAUGCCGAUCUGGUUCACGUUUAACUUGGAUAUAGUUGCCACUUACAUACAGGAUCAAAACGAGGAUUGUUUGUAUCUAAACAUCUAUGUUCCAACAGAGGAUGUCAAAAGAAUAUCCAAGGAAUGUGCCAGAAAACCCAACAAGAAAAUUUGUAGGAAAGGAGGAACCCAUUCCAAAAAACAGGGCGAGGAUUUAUCAGAUAACGACGGUGAUGAAGAUGAAGACAUACGAGACACUGGAGCCAAACCUGUGAUGGUGUACAUACACGGAGGAUCCUACAUGGAGGGCACUGGGAACAUGAUCGACGGAAGCGUGCUGGCCAGUUACGGAAACGUCAUUGUUAUUACCCUCAACUUUCGAGUCGGCGUCUUAGGGUUCCUCAGCACAGGAGACCAGGCUGCUAAAGGGAAUUAUGGGAUUCUGGAUCAGAUUCAGGCUCUGCGUUGGAUUAGCGAGAACAUUGGUUAUUUCGGCGGCGAUUCCAAUCGCAUCACUGUUUUCGGAUCAGGCAUUGGCGCAUCUUGUGUGAGUCUGCUGACCCUGUCACACCAUUCUGAAGGACUGUUUCAUCGUGCCAUAAUCCAGAGUGGAUCGGCUUUGUCCAGCUGGGCCGUCAACUACCAGCCGGUGAAGUACACAAGGCUGCUGGCAGAAAAAGUUGGCUGUAAUGUGCUGGACACGCUAGACAUGGUGGAUUGCCUGAGAAAGAAAAGUGCACGAGAAUUAGUGGAACAAGACAUCCAGCCGGCGAGAUACCACGUUGCCUUUGGGCCAGUCAUUGAUGGCGAUGUCAUUCCUGAUGACCCUGAGAUCCUCAUGGAGCAGGGCGAGUUUCUCAACUACGACAUUAUGCUGGGUGUCAACCAGGGCGAGGGUCUGCGCUUCGUGGAGAACGUUGUGGACUCUGAAGAUGGGGUCUCGGGCAAUGAUUUUGACUUCUCAGUCUCAGACUUCGUGGAUAGUUUAUAUGGGUACCCAGAGGGGAAGGAUACACUCCGUGAGACCAUUAAGUUCAUGUACACGGACUGGGCGGAUAGAGAUAACCCAGAGACACGGCGUAAGACUCUGGUGGCACUCUUUACCGAUCAUCAGUGGGUGGAGCCCUCUGUGGUAACGGCAGAUCUUCACGCUCGGUAUGGUUCCCCCACUUACUUCUACGCCUUCUAUCACCACUGCCAGAGCCUGAUGAAGCCAGCCUGGUCUGAUGCAGCCCACGGAGACGAGGUGCCCUACGUCUUUGGUAUCCCCAUGGUUGGCCCGACUGACCUCUUCCCCUGCAACUUCUCCAAAAAUGAUGUCAUGCUCAGUGCAGUCGUCAUGACAUAUUGGACGAACUUUGCCAAAACUGGAGAUCCCAACAAGCCAGUGCCUCAGGAUACCAAGUUCAUCCACACUAAGGCCAAUCGUUUCGAAGAGGUGGCCUGGUCCAAAUACAAUCCAACAGACCAGCUGUACCUGCAUAUCGGCCUAAAGCCACGCGUCCGUGAUCACUACCGCGCCACUAAAGUGGCGUUCUGGAAGCACUUGGUUCCUCAUCUGUACAACCUACAUGAUAUGUUCCACUACACGUCCACCACCACCAAAGUGCCACCACCUGAGACGACUCAAAAUUCCCUUUCCACCAAACGGCCCAAUGGCAAAGCCUGGCCAUUCAACACCAAGCGGCCCCCAAUGUCUCCGGCCUACAACAGUGAGAGUGGCAAGGAACAAUGGAAUGGAGAAGAGGAACCAGGCCCUCUAGUGGUGGAGAACCCACGGGAUUACUCUACAGAGCUAAGCGUGACUAUCGCGGUCGGGGCUUCACUACUCUUCCUCAACGUUCUGGCAUUUGCCGCUUUGUAUUACCGCAAGGAUAAACGUCGCCAGGAGCAGCACCCGCAACCUAGUCCGCUGCGAGCCACCACGACCAAUAACGUGAACCGCCAUGCACAGGAGGAGGAGAUCAUGUCCUUGCAGGUCAACCAGAUGCACCACGAGUGCGACGCAGGGCCGCCUGGUGACCCCUUACGGCUUGCUUCACUUCCUGACUACACAUUGACGCUACGCCGCUCACCCGACGAUAUCCCACUCAUGACGCCAAAUACCAUAACCAUGAUCCCCAAUUCGCUGGUGGGCAUGCCCAAUCUACAUCCGUACAACACCUUCACAGCCGGCUUCAACUCCACCGACCUGCCACAUUCGCACUCCACUACACGUGUAUAGCUUUACGAAGAUCUGGAAAAUGGGAGGGAGAGGUUUCGGUUUUAUGGAAAUGUCACAGCGAGAAGAGGGGAAUCGGAAUGAUAACGGAAACAAAAUAAUUUGAAUAGACUUUUGCAACAUGGAGUUCUUUCCAGAUGUCAAAUUGUGUGAACCUGCCAAAACAGAACUGCUCUAUUUCCUUUGAAAAGGGACAAGUGUUUCAAGCAGUAUUUUUUUCUAAUCAUCAUUUUAAAAGAGAAACACACCUUUUUAAGCAAAUUUUAAAUCGUGCACAUGGGGCGAUCACUUUUUUCUUGAAUAAACAACGUGGUUCAAAGGAAAGUACAUUUUAUUUCCCAUCACAGUCUUUUGUGGGAAACACGUUUCAAAACAGUGGCCUCUAAGGUGAUUUCUGCGUAAUAUUAUUGGCUUUGCUUUUUUUAUUUUAUUUUCAAUGCCUUAUAAAGAGCUUGUUUCUUUUUCUCUCUUAAUUUGACAAACUUUCCCUGAGAUGAGUUUGUGUGGAACAUUGCGAUCUGACUUGAGUGGUUGGAAGUGCAGGAAAUAUUCGACAAACUCGAAACACGGUUGAUUAAACGGCUAACAGCAACGCAUUUUCCAGUUGCAUAACCUCACGCGUGGUGUUUUAACGUUUUUCUUGGUUCCACAGAAAAUCAUUUGUUUGAAACUUUGCCAUGGAAGAAGACUGGAGACUUUUAAAGUUACUGUACUUGUUUUUGUUUAAAGAAAAGUGCAUCUUUUACAACAAAAUUAUCUAUUAGUGUCGGAUCUCCAUGAAAUGCACACUUACAUGCAACGCUCAGAGCACUGUUUGACUGCUGUGUGUGAGUGUGAUUUUGAGUAUGAAUGGGAGUGUUUGAGGUGAGUGUGUGUGAGAAUAAUUGUGUGUGUGUGUUUGAUUGCAUUUGUCAUGUUUUUUUGUUGUAUA